GAAGAGCUGGAGGAGCAGAAAGGCCGGUUGGAGUAACGGAGCUCAGAUUCGAACCGAGAUGUUUUAAUGCGCCUCUGAUCUGCGGGUGCAUCUGCGUGUUUAGAGUGUCUGAUCUCUCAUACGUAAGGAUGUUUUAGUCGGGUGUAAGUGCAGUGCUAGUGAGGAUAUAAGAUGGCGGUGGAUGGGGUGUUGAUGAGGAGCACGGAGCUCCUCUCCGCUCUGCAGGAGGAGAUCAGGUCGCUGUUGGGACUCGAUCACACCGGCCUCGUCCUGCUCAGCUCGGCGGCUCUGGGUCUCCUCAUCACGCUCGUUCUGUGGGUCUGUCUCCGCCGGGGCUCCUCUGAAACACACCCCGGUAAGAUCGCUCCUGAUCCGGGGAGCACAGUCAGACCCCGAGCCGAGGAGAGCAAGAGGAGAAGCCGGAGGAGAGGAGGGGAGAAGAAGCUGCAGAGGAACGGCCUCGUCGACCUCGAAGAAGAACUGAAACCGGCAGAAGCUCAGGACCAGGACCAGAACCAAAACCCAAACGAGAGUCCAGAUACUGCUGGAGGAAAAUCUGAUAAGGCUAAGAAGAAUAAGAAGAAGGCUAAAGCUGCAGCUAAGGAACCCAAGACGACCUCCUCUCCAUCAGGGCGCAAAGAGCAGGAGGAGGUCGGUAGCUGGGAGACUAAAGUGAGCAACCGGGAGAAGCGGCAGCAGAAGAAGGAUAAAGGACCGGGCGAGGACAGUCCCGGAGGAGCGGAGCCCGCCGCAAACGCCAACAACAACACCACCGACGGGUCGAAUCUCGAACCUGAACCCCCACCCGCUGUGGAGGAACCCAAAAUCGCCGUCGCCUCGACACCUAGCACCGCCAAACCCUCCAAGACCAACAAAGCCAGCAAGAACGCCAACGUGCCGACCCCUGCCGCGCCCAAAAAAGAAGAACCUCCUGCUGCAGACGUCACCACCACGGUCAUCCCGCCAGCAGUGUCUCAGGUCUGGGAGGACGUCUUGUCCAGAUCCGUCCGUCCUGAUCCGUUUGUGGGCGUGUCCGUACCCGCUGAGAUGCCCAGCGUUCCCUCUCGACCCUGGAACAGCGUGACCCUGCCGUCCGAGCGCCAGAAGCCCGAACCCUCCGUCUGGCCUCAGGACAUGGAAGGCUCGUGGACGAUCGUGGACAGUUCUCACAUCCCCGUCUCCUUCCACGGCCUGUCUGCAGGUGUCGAGCCGCAGUUUGGGUGUGAUCUGUCCUGGGCGUGUCAGCCCCCUGUGGACGAUGAGUGGUCAGGACUGAACAGCGCCUCUGCAGAUCCGGUGUCGGACUGGAGCGCCCCCUGUGAGGAGUGGGGGAACUACGAGGAGUUGGCGGGUGUUGCCCCUCACCCGGAGGAGCCGCAGGAAUCCGAACCCGAAAAAGAUAAAGACGAAGCGGCCGCGCCCGGGAGCGGCAAAGCGAAGAAGAAGAAGAAGAAAAAGAAGAAGGUGGACGACGCCGGGACUGCUGCUCCGUUUUUUGGUGGCCGUCAGGUGGACGUGGAGGUGAGCGUGAGUAAAGUCCAGAACUCUGCAGGGAUCACGGUGCCUAAAACAGCAAAGGAGCAGGACCGCACGGCUCCUCCCCGGGCGGUGCCGAGACCCGCCGAGCCUGAAGCCCCGCCCAAACCCGCAGCUCCACCCACCCAGAAGAAAGCAGAGGAGAGCUGGGAGUCGCCCAAACAGGUGAAGAAGAAGAAAGCCCGGCGAGAAACAUGAGCGUCCGUACGCGAGCGACCGAAGAGCGUCCGAACACUGAUCGGCAUCGAGCGCCGCGAGCCCAACGCGCAUACGGCCGGCUAACUGAAACCUAGCGAUCCUGCAACCGUACACCGGUCAUGUGCUCAUAUUCCACCUGUAGGUCACCACACAUUUAAGAAAGGGGGCAUCGAACACACAUCCUCCUCCUCGCUCUUUUAGGUCACAUGACUUGGAGGCGGGGUUUUGCUUUUCUCUGGUCUUUAGUAUUCAGUAUUAGAACAUUCUGACCAGCUUUUCACAGAGCGUGACUUAUGAGGAGGAUCAAUAAUGUUUUGGGGUUGAUUUCUAUAUAAUAACAUCCUGCUGUUUACCUGUUAUAUUUAAUUUCUGAAUGUUAGCACAUGUCUGAUGUACGUCUUUAAACUACGUAUGUUUAUCAUUUCUACACGAUUAAACAUGAAGUGCGAUUCUACAGGGACUAAAAGAAUGAUGGUUUCCGAUGCCAUAACCACAUUGUUCCUGCUUUCAUCCAAAACCAGCCGGUUUUUUUUUUUUACAGAAAAUGUAAGUCCACAAACAUCAGAUUUAAGAUUAGCGGAACAUUUUGCACUUGUACGAUUGACUGAAGCGUUCCGUUCAGUGUUGCAGGAUCAGGAUUGAACUCUGAUGCCUUAAUGUGGCGUGGACGCCGAGUCGACCAGUCAUGUUUCAUUAAACUGUUUCUUUGCA